UUUCAAGUGAAGUAAUUUUUUGUUUGAUGGAGUAAAACAAAGUACAGAGGUGAUUACAACGGUCCCUCGUUGCGAUCACUGUUUUGUUUCUGCUAUGGUUAUAUUUGUUUUGUGUGUGUUUUUGUUGACCAGAGUCCAUGAUCUGUUAACACCGCUGGAUGACAAAGAUCUUGAUGAAAAAGUGACCCAGAUUCUUCAACACCAGCCCAACUGUGGCUACAAAAUGAUGCUUGGUCACCUGAAUGCUCAGGGCAUCCACAUACAGAGACAACGUGUGCAGGAUUCCAUGCGGCGUGUGGAUCCUCAUGGAGUUUUAUUGCGAACCCUUCAGUUGAACCCACAGAGACGGAGGAGGUACUCUGUGCCAGCACCCAACAGUUUGUGGCACAUCGAUGGCAAUCACAAACUAAUAAGAUGGCGUAUUGUUGUGCAUGGUGGUAUUGAUGGCUUUAGUCGCCUCAUCGUGUACCUGGAUGCAACCACCAACAACCGUGCAACGACAGUCCUGAGCAGCUUUCUCAAAGCUGUUGAUGUCUAUGGUGUACCAUCCCGUUUGAGGUCAGACAAAGGAGGGGAAAAUGUGGAUGUUGCACGCUUCAUGGUGGCCAACAGAGGACUUAAUAGGAAUUCACAUAUUUCUGGCAGAAGUGUCCAUAAUCAAAGAAUAGAGCGGCUCUGGAGAGAUGUCUAUGUGGGAGUACUUGAUCUCUUCUACACAAUCUUCAACAACCUUGAGACUGAAGGUUUUCUAAACCCAGACAAUGAAGUUCAUCUCUAUGCUCUACACCUGUGCUUUGUCCCUCACAUCCAGAAGCACCUUGAUGUUUUCAAGUAUGGCUGGAACUGCCAUCGACUGAGCACUGAGGGAAAUCUGUCACCACUUCAACUGUGGACUCACCAUGAGCGUGAUGCACAGCAAGAACCUGUCCAGGUUGACGUAGAGUAUGGUGUCGACUGGACUGGACCACCUGGUUAUCGGCAGCAGGAUGUUGUGGUCCCUGAGGUUCAGCUGCAGCGCCCACUGACCGAACAGGAAGUGGAAAGCCUCCCAAAACCUGAUGGUCCUCUGUCUGAUGUCUUGGAUUCUUACAUAGAGACAGUAAAUCUUUUAUCUGAGAUGCUCCAGUGAAAUACGGUUUCAAGUACAGAAAGAUUUAAUCAUACAUUAUACUAUAUUUGAAGUUGCUCGUUUACUUGUUGACCUAGCAAUGAAAAGUCUUUGAGAAUGAAAAAGGCAGAACUUUUUUUUUUUUUUUUACCUUCAAUAACUUUUGGUUAUGUCAUAGAGCCUUGUACAAAAUCUUUCCUAUUGUUUUAAGAGUUGUUUUGACACAUUAUGUUUAUAUUAAUAGAGGCAGACAUUUUGUGAAUCCUAAAACAAUUUGUUAUGGUGCCCUUGGUAAGUCAAAAGAAUAAAAAUUCUUUACACACCAUAA